AUACAUUAAUGUGCCCAUGAUUUUAAAUUUAAAAUUAAUUUUCAUAAAAUUCAUAACUAAGUAAUGGAGGCCGGUGAAUCGUUUUUAUCUUGUGCUGUAACAGUGGAAUGGACUACCACUCAAGGUUCUAUUUCUAGGAAAAUUCAUUACAAGACGGCUUCGCUUAGACUAAUCAGGAACGAAUUUCGCGAAAUGUUUUUAGAAGUGACAUCCGAAAAACAUGCCGCGACUAAAUUGGCUCUUAAAAGUUUCAAUGUUUUCAAAAAGUUUAUGGCUGAAGGUAAAGCAAGUAUUAAGUUCCAGGAAGCUAAUUGUACAAUAUUUAUUUCAAAUGCACCUCCUACAAAUUUGGUAAUGUUUCUUCGAACUAUAUUUGUUAAGAUGACCAGUGAUAAAGAGCAAACAGCAAAUAAAACUCCAACAAAACAGUCAAUGAGGGCAAAGCUGUUAAGUGGUAAAUCCCAAUCUUUUGAUGAAAUAAGCCCAGUUACAGUUGCCGACAUUCAUAUUGCGAAAAGUAAAAUUUCAAAAUCUACAAUCACAACACCAUCACCGCCUUCAAAGAAACGUAAGAAUGACGACCCAAGUAGAGGUCCUGCACCAAAAAAAUUGUAUUCCCCUUCACCUCUUACUACCACUAAUUCGUUAAAUUCUGAACAGCAAAGAGUUUUGGAAGCAUGUUUGGGUGGAAAAAAUAUUUUUUUCACUGGCUCUGCAGGAACAGGAAAAAGUUUCUUAUUAAAAAGGAUUGUGGCAGCUCUACCUCCUGAUGUAACAAUGCCCACUGCAUCCACUGGUGUCGCAGCUUGUCACAUUGGUGGAACCACUCUUCAUGCUUUUGCUGGCAUAGGUGAUGGUAGUGGGUCUAUCGAAAAUUUAUGUGAAAGAGCUACUAAAAUACCAUUGGUAGCACAAAAAUGGAGAAAAUGUAAACACCUUAUUAUAGAUGAGAUAUCAAUGGUCGAUGGAAUAUUUUUUGAGAAAUUAGAAGCUGUUGCGAGACAUAUUAGGAAAAAUGACAAGCCAUUUGGUGGCAUUCAACUGAUUCUUUGUGGUGAUUUCUUACAACUACCACCAGUAGUGGACAAGAAUAAACAGAAGAGAUUUUGUUUUCAAUCACAUUGUUGGGAUAAGUGUAUUGAACUUUGUUUUGAACUAAAACAGGUACAUAGACAAACAGAUCAAGAAUUUAUUUCGAUUCUCAAUAGUAUCAGAAUUGGUCGUGUUACUAAAGAAAUCAGCGACAGAUUAACAAGAACAGCAAGACAGAAAAUUGAGGCUGAUGGCAUUUUAGCAACUAGAUUAUGCUCACAUACUAAUGACUCAAAAAUGAUAAAUGAGUCAAAAUUGAUAGCUUUGGAUGGAGAGGGAAAAUUAUUUACAUCACAAGACAGUGACAAUGCUACUACAUUAUUGGAUAUGCAAACUAUUGCCCCUUCUAAACUCAUGUUAAAAAUUGGAGCACAAGUAAUGUUAUUAAAAAAUAUUAAUGUAAAUUCAGGUUUAGUUAAUGGAGCCAGAGGCAUUGUUGUUCGAUUUGAAGAAGGAUUCCCUGUCGUUAGAUUUAAAAACAAAAAAGAAUACAUAGCUAGAACAGAACGCUGGUAUGUCAAAAAUUCGAAUGGUACAUUAUUAUGUCGCAGGCAAGUUCCGUUGUCUUUAGCAUGGGCUUUUUCAAUACACAAGUCACAAGGGUUAACUUUAGAUUGUGUUGAGAUGUCACUGUCGAAAAUAUUUGAAGCUGGACAAGCUUAUGUUGCAUUGAGUAGAGCACAAAGCUUAGACAGCCUUCGUGUAUUAGAUUUUGAUUCCAGACAUGUAUGGGCAAACCCUGAUGUUCUAGAAUUUUAUCAAAGAUUCAGAAGAAGAUUGCAACAAAUGGAGAUAGUACCACUUGGUAGACCAUUACCUGAAAAAGCAACUAAGAAGUUGAAACUUAGAGAUAUUUUAGAGAAGCAAUUAAGAAGGAAAUAGUGAUCUUUUUAAAAGAAUGUCAAGCUAAGAAUUAUGAAGUGAUGGAAUAUAAGACUGAUAAGUCAAGACUUAUAGACUUAAAUAUUUUGUCAAUUAAGGAGCUUAUGCACAUCUAGCAGAUGCCUGCCUGGCAAGCAAUUUUCUGUAUUUUGUUCUAAUACUAAAUGUAUAAUACAUCCAUCCUCUGUUAGUCUUUAGGCACUUGACAGGCAGGGACAUGCAAUAUGUAUGCACACAGGCACGUGCUGUGCUCAGUUCUAGGUGGGAAGUAAUGUUUCUAUUGCUGGAAAUACUACUUAUUAAGUGGACAGAAAAUAAGCUUGUGUCAGAAUAAGUUCCUUUAAUUAGCAUGAAUUUUUUACUGUUUUAUAUAUAUUGUGAC